AUGUGGGAGCUUGGUCUUGCAUUUGAGAGUGUUGACAAGUUUAGAGAAGCUCUUACUAGGUUUGUUGUUGAAGAAAAAGUUGUUGUGGAUAAAUAUGUUAAUCAACCAACAAGGGUGAGGUGUAAGUGCAAGGAUGGUUGUCCUUGGCAUCUGUUUGCUAGCUAUGACUCUGGGACUAAAGACUUUGUUGUGAAGAAGUACAUUCCAAUACACAUAUAUGAACCUACUAACAAGAACAAACUGUGCAACAGCAAGUACUUGGCUGAGAAAUUCAAAGACAGAAUAAGAAAGCAACCUAACAUUAGGAUAUUCAAGUUUCAACAGCUUGUAAGAAAAGAAUUAGGUUUGUAUGUUGGGAGAUCAAUUUGUAGGAAAGCAAGGAACAAGGUUUUGAAUGAUAUAAUGGGUGACCAUGUGCUGGAGUAUAGUAGAAUUUUGGACUAUAGAGAUGAAAUGCUUAGGUCUAAUCCUAGUAGUACAUGUGUUGUUAAACUAAGUGAAGAGACUUUCGAAGGUGGCAAGAAAAUAUUUGUUGGCUUCUACAUCUGUUUUGAUGCAUUGAAAAAGGCUUUUAAGGCUGGUUGUAGGCCCUGUAUUGGAUUGGAUGGAUGCUUCUUAAAGGGUAUUUACAAGGGGCAAUUGCUUGUUGCUGUCUGUAAAGAUGGUAACAACCAGAUGCUGCCUCUAGCUUGGGCAGUGGUUGAGGUUGAAAAUAAGUCCAAUUGGACUUGA